AUGACAGACCCCACUGCAACUGAAGGUAAAUCUGGUACCCCAAAACCUAAGUCGGGAAGGAAACUUUAUUUGAAACUACACUUCGGGAUAUUAACAUCUUUUUUCAAAACUUAUGCACAUUCCUGGAUGAAAGGUAACAAUCAGGGGACGCCACUAAGUACCAGUUUGUUUUUAAAUAGAUUGAACUUUUUGUGGGAUUUAUCCCAGCAGACCCAAGAAAAGAAUCCAUCGCUUUCAAGGCAUCUGUUACUUUGUUUUCAAAAGUUGGCCAAAAAGCAUGAAGUUGAGUUAUCGGAAAAAGUUAAAGGACGUUAUUGCACCUUUUGUGGAAAUAUAUUUUCACCUUUUAUUACAGCAGAUUAUAAAGUAACCACAAAAAGGCGAAAGUUUUUUAAGGAGAAAUCGUGUAAACUUGUUAACCCCAAUUCGUCCAAUAAAUUUAAUAAGGCUUGUGUUUUGUCCGUUUUCUGCAAAAUUUGUGGACGAGUAAGUUACUACGUAACUAAAAGCAAGUCUGUCCGAGCUCGCUCUGGUUCAGAAUUGAAUAAUCGUUCGAACUUAGAUUCCUCAACUUUGCUUGAAGCAAAGGAUAAAAGUUGCGUUGUAAGAAAGCAACGCCAGUUGUCAACACCUGAACUUAAAAUUCUCUACAACGUGAAAAACGUCAAAAACCGGCUAUCUCUUCCUGCUUUAAAUCAGCCCCUUCAGAAUAGUAAAAAGAAGAAAAAUAGUAUUAGACGUAGUCUGAAGACUUUGCUUAACCGACAAGCUUCUAGAGAACCAUCACCAAAGUGCAGCUUAGCUGAAUUCCUCUCUUCCUUAUAA